GAUCGCACACGGGACGGAGGGAAUUUUACAAGUAAAAGACACAGAAGCGAGCAUCAGGGUGGCAAGCACCGAGAGAGCCGCCCCCGCCCGCCCGCCCCGCCCCGCAUUAGGGUUAUAAGUGCGAGCGGCGGGCGGCGGGGGCAGAUCGCGUCGCACCAUGCACCCGUCGCUCUGGCUCUGCCUUUUGCCGCUGCUGGCCGCGGUGACGGCUGCCCCUCGCUGCCCCCCCGGCUGCCACUGCCUCGGGGACCUGCUUCAUGUGGUGUGCGAGAACAAGGGGCUGAGGAAGAUCCCGCGGGUGCCCAGCAAAGUGCGGCUCCUCAGUCUGCAGCAGAACAACUACCCCAGGCUGCCCGCCGGCGGCUUCAGCCCCUUGAAGAGCCUGGUGUCCCUGCACCUCCAGGACUGCCACAUACGGGAGGUGUCGGCCAACGCCUUCCGCGGCCUCAGGAAGCUGGUCUACCUCUACCUGUCCAACAACGAGAUCAGCGCCCUGCGCCCCGGCGCCUUCCACGACCUGGUGCAGCUCACCUACCUGUACCUGGAGCACAACCGCAUCCGGGAGCUGGCCAAGGGGCUGCUGGGCCCGCUGAGGAGCCUCUUCCUCCUGCAGCUCGACAACAACCAGAUGAGCCAGAUCCGGCCCGGCAGCCUGGCGGGGGCGAGGGAGCUGCGCUGGCUGCACCUCAGCAACAACGGGCUGGCGUCCAUCCCGCCCGGGGCGCUGGACGACGUGGAGAACCUGGCCACGCUUCACCUGGACGGUAACAAGCUCAGCAGCUACCCGGCGGCCGCUCUCAGCAAGCUGAGGGUGGUGGAGGAGUUGAAGCUGUCCUCCAACCCCAUCAGGACCAUCCCCGACAACGCCUUCCGCUCCUUCGGUAGAUACGUCGAGCGCCUUUGGCUGAGCGGCAUGGGGCUGGAGAGGUUUUCAGAUGCAGCUUUCAAUGGUGUCACUGCUCUCUCAGCUCUCCACCUGAACGGUAACAAAUUACAAUCUCUGCCUCAAAGCCUCACCUUUACCAAGAUGAAGAACAUUACCCUGUCCAACAAUCCGUGGGAUUGCACGUGCUCGCUGGCCGAACUCCGAAGAUGGAUGGACACCAGCAGGAACCGCCCAGAGGGAACGUGCGCUUCUCCCAGCCAGUACCGGGAUCAGCAGAUCUGGGAAACCGCUGCCUUCCGGACCUGUAAAGCACGUGCAAAACGCAACAAAAAGAAUCCGCUCUGAGCAGGUAAUGGGGAUGUCCGUCCUGGAGACUGGCUCCUCCACCACUGCUGACUCCUCACAGCCAAUUCCCACGCACACAGAAGGAAUUUCUGAGUUACCCUUGUGAAUCAGCUACAAAAUUCCUCACAACUUUGAAGAGCAU